CGCCCGCGACGCCAUGACGGAACAGCUGAUCGCCAACCACAACAACAAUGGCCGAGGCUCCCUCUCAAGACACCGCCAACCUCAAGUACUCCAUUCACAAAUAUUCCACCUUCUCUGCCAAUUAUGCGCCGGAAAAUAUUCUGGAAGACAAACCAAAUGACCAGGCGUCACGAUGGUCUUCCGAUUCAAAUAAUCCACCACAGUUCCUGAUAUUAAAACUAGAACGUCCAGCAGUGUUAAAAACUAUAACUUUUGGGAAGUAUGAAAAAGUACACGUCUGCAACAUCAAAAAAUUUAGGGUCUAUGGAGGUUUAUCAGAUGACAACAUGGUGCUCCUGUUAGAGAGUGGAUUGAAAAAUGACACUGUCCCUGAGACUUUUCUAUUAAAGCACACAGUGUCUGGACAUCAGUUUCCAGUUCGCUAUGUAAAGAUAGUUCCUUUACAGUCAUGGGGAUCAACCUUCAACUUUAGUAUUUGGCAUGUUAGUCUUGGAGGCUGUGAGGACUGGAACAUUGUGCAGAAGUGUAUCAACUGGUAUACAACUUAUCGGGAAAGAGAAGCCAUCCGCCUGUGUCUGAAACAUUUUCGCCAGCAUAAUUACACAGAAGCAUUUGAAUCUCUGGAGAAGAGGACACGCGUCACUUUAGAAGAUCCUAGACUAACAAAGCUUCACAAACUCUUAGUGGAACAAGGAGAUUUUGAUGGCAGUGAGAAACUCAUAAGCGAAGCAGCACGAGAUGGGUUGUUUCAACAGUACAUCAGCCAACAAGAAUAUAAGCCACAGUGGACACCCAUCAUCCCAUCCCCAACUGGCAGUCGUCAGCAGCCUGGCAUGAGAGGUGGUCACCAAAUGUGUAUUGACACAAAUACUCAGACUAUAUACUUGUUUGGAGGGUGGGAUGGCAACCAGGAUUUAAGUGACUUGUGGUCCUACCAAGUGUUGUCACAAGAAUGGACUUGUAUAUCACGUGAUACUCAUGCAAAGGGAGGGCCAAGUGCACGUUCCUGUCACAAGAUGUGUUUGGAUCCUGAACGUAGGCAGAUAUUCACCUUAGGAAGAUAUCUUGACUCAGCUCUUCGAGUUCCAGAAAACUUAAAAAGUGACUUCUAUAUGUAUGACAUUGAAAACAACAAAUGGACACAAAUCACAGAAGACACAGCUGCUCUUGGAGGUCCCCGGCUAAUAUUUGACCAUCAGAUGGUGAUGGAUGUAGAGAAUCGAAUAAUUUACGUCUUUGGAGGCCGUGUGCUCACCCCCUCACGAUGGGAGGGGUGCGUUGGGGGCUUGGGGCUGGACGAGCGACGCAACAAUACCUACACUCCUAGCGAAGCAAUAUUCUCUGGUCUUUAUUCAUACCAUGUAGCAACUAAUACAUGGACUAAGCUAAGAGAUGAUGACUGUGCAGGAAACGGCACAGGGCCUCAAGAUAUUAAAUCUAGAAUUGGACACUCUAUGCUCUUCCAUAGUGGGACCCGGCAGCUAUUCAUACUAGCAGGUCAGAGGAACAAGGAGUACCUGACAGAUUUCUUUACCUACAACAUAGACUCUGACACUGUAACAUAUAUUAGUGAUGGAUCUGGAAAAGAUUCUGCCUCUGUACCUGCCGCUGGAUUCACUCAGAAAGCAACAAUAGACCCACAGUUAAAUGAGAUUCAUGUUCUGUCGUUGCGUGUGGAUUUGAGGGCUAGGUACUCCACAGGCAGCCACAAAGGACUCAGCAAAGACAAGGAGAAAAGAGAAGAAAAUGUCCGUAAUUCAUUUUGGGUGUAUGACAUAUCUCAGAAUAAGUGGUCUUGUAUAUAUCGUAAUGAGCAAACUGGAGAAACUUAUUGGAAUAAAAUGCAGCAUGUAGAACCCUGUCCAAGAUAUGCACAUCAGUUAGUGUAUGAUGACACUAAAAAGGUACACUACUUAUUUGGUGGUAAUCCAGGGAAGACAUAUCUACCGAAGAUGAGAUUAGAUGAUUUUUGGUCGCUCAGACUUUGCCGGCCUUCAACUGAACAACUUUUUCAGACUUGUGUUCUUCUCAUUAGGAAACACAGGUUUAGUGAACUAGCACGGUCAAACUCUGUCGAAGCUCUCAAGUACCUCCAAACUGAACUAUACAGUGCAGUUGAUCAUGGAAAUCCCUCUCAAGUGCAGGAAUUCCAGGCCCUAGCAACCACUCUCUUCCAGUCGCCAGAAGAUUGCGCCAUGACACACACGCCAUUGCUCCCAAGUGAGGACGACCCAAGCUUAAAGGCAGAAGGGAGUAAUGACCUUGGCUGGGUGCACAGUAGCCGUUCACAGUUAUUCGACCAAUUGACUCAGUUCGUACCAGAGCAUAUGACUCAGCCCAGAGGUAACUUGGUAGACCUCAUACCAUACUGAUCCUAAGCUUUAAUUAUCAAAAAAAAUGAUAUUCCCAGAAUUAUGAUAUAUUUCUCACCUUAUUUAUGUGUCAACACUGGAAGUUUCUUGAUAGUCCAAGGAUUUACAAUGUUGCCUUUCUCCCAAAAUGAUUUAAAUAAACCAUUUUACCUA